UUUAUUCACUCUCUCUCUCUCCUUCUUCACCUCCUUUAUCAUCAAAUCGUCUUUGGAUUUAGGGUUUUGAAUCCCUAAACACCCAUUUGUUAACGUCCCCAUCUCACACUUUUACUUCAACUCAUACAAUCUGUUGUUCAAUGCCUUUCACUUCUCCUCUUGUUUCUUCAGGUUAUUGAAAUAUAUGGACUUUAAAAUUGAGUUGAUGAAGAAAAGGAGACAAGUAGCUAUGAAUCCGGAUCUUUGAAGUUGGUUGAUAUAGAAACAUGGAUUAGUAUAAAUUUCAAGGGUGAUAUCCAUACCUUUUUGGUUUAGGAUACUGCUGAGAAUAAUUUAUACUGCAUAGCAGUUAUGGGUUCAUAUUCUGGUACUUGUGAAAUAGUUGAAGAAUGCGAAGAGUCAAAGCCGGAACAUCAUUCUAAACGGCUGUACAGACCGCAUUCAGGAUUGGGUGUGGGUGACAAAGAUGGAAAGCGUAGUUUGCUGAAAAUGGGAUGUAAGGAUUCUCUAGAAGAAGAUAUUAAUCAGCUUUUUGAAGCUAUCAAUCUUAAAGGUCCAAAAGGAUUAAGUGUUUCAUACCAGGGAGCAAGUUCUAUCUUUUCAAAGAAAAAUGCUUUGAAGAAGCCAAUUGCAGUGGGGAUGCCCCACUCCCCUAGAAUUGGUGUUUCAGAGUGUUUGUCUCUUAAGCAGGCGUUAAGGGAUCUUUGCAUUUCUAAGGCAUCAGAAAUGGCUUCCGUGAAAUGGUUAUCGAUGUCAACUAGUUCUCCUACGGUUUCUGAAGCUGGAAGGAUAAGAAGCUUGUUCAAUUCAGUAGUAGUUGAACCUGCCAGUGGAUCUGGUGCUCUCAAAGAUGAAAACAAGGGGAGCAUGGUGGAAGUGUCUCUGGUGCCUGAAGAAAGCAAAUCGACUUCUUCUAGAAUGAUUGCUGUGCCACGUGAACCUCCCCAGAACAAGUCAUUGAGCCAAAGUGCUAAUUCUUCGCCUCGAUUUGCUCAUGCAAGAACAGAAAUUAGACCUGGCACUUCUAAAUCAACUCAAACUGAUGUUUCUGCAUCCAUAAAAGUUGGAACGCAACCUUCAAUGGCAGAGCUGCAUCGGAAGGAGAAGCACACUUCUGCAUCUUGUUCUUAUGCUGAUGGUAAUAUGCCAGAUCCUGAAAAUACCGUGCCUGCUUCAAACAAGUUACCAGAAAGAGCAUCAAUGCCAAAGUUGGGACAGAAAGGCAGGUUGCGGGCUGUUGCUUCUUCUAGCUCAAUUAAUGGUAACAGAGUAAACAGGAUGACAAGAAAGGCCCCGCGGGUGGCAAAAAUAGUUGUUAGGAGCAAAAGUACUGGCAAAAAGAAAAUAAAGCAGGAUUCCUCUACUGCCUCUUGUGCUUCUAAUAUUUCCAGUGAAGUGAAUAGAAGUUUGGAUUCCACUGCAAGUCAAUUAGUUUGUCUGAGAUGCCACUGUUCUUUGAAGAGUUUAAGUAAUGAAUCUAAUCAAGAAUCUAUAAGGUUGCAGUCGGUCGGUAUUAGUGCUGCAGUGAGCUCAAGUAAUCUGAAUUCUGAUUUGGACAAACCUCCGUUGGUUGAGAAUGACUUUAACAAAAGCCGAGCUUCUGUUCCAAGGGCUAAAAAGAGCCAAAAAUCAAGAGAAAAGGAACACUUCUCCCAAAGUUCAAGCAGCCUUGGUGAUAGUAAUAGCACAAGCAUCAGUGAUGACAGCAGUUUAAGUAGGCCUAGCUGUAGCAACAGACCACACAUGUCAAAGGAUGUAAGGUGGGCAGCCAUCCGCCACAUUAAAAUGCAGCAUGGGGUCUUGGGCUUGCGCCAUUUCAAUCUUUUAAAGAAGCUAGGUUGUGGAGAUAUUGGGACGGUGUAUCUUGCUGAGCUUAUUGGUACAAACUGCUUGUAUGCUAUAAAAGUCAUGGACAAUGAAUUUUUGGCAAGAAGGAAGAAAAUGCCAAGGGUCCAAACAGAGAAGGAGAUACUAAGGAUGCUUGAUCACCCUUUUCUCCCUACUUUAUAUACCCAAUUUACAUCAGAUAACUUGUCAUGUUUAGUUAUGGAGUACUGCCCAGGUGGGGACCUGCAUGUUCUUCGGCAAAAGCAGCCUGGGAGAUGUUUUCCUGAGCCAGCAGCUAGAUUUUAUGUAGCUGAAGUCCUGCUUGCUUUGGAGUACUUGCACAUGCUUGGAGUUGCCUACCGCGAUUUGAAACCAGAAAACAUUCUGGUUCGAGAAGAUGGCCACAUUAUGCUAUCAGAUUUUGACCUUUCACUUAGAUGCACAGUUAGUCCAACUCUCCUCAAACCUUCCUCAGAUAUGAAUCCAGCCAGGAUAUCUGGUCCAUGCACAGCAUCUAGCUGCGGAGAACCCUUCUGCAUCGAACCACCUUGUCAAGUCGCAUGCUUCAGUCCUAGAUUCUUGCCUGCUGCUGCAAAAUCAAAGAGGAAGCUAAAAGCCGACUUUGCUGCCCAAGUCAGAUCACUGCCACAGCUAGUGGCUGAGCCUACUGAUGCAAGAUCCAAUUCCUUUGUUGGGACUCACGAGUACUUGGCUCCUGAGAUCAUUAAAGGAGAGGGUCACGGAGCCGCUGUUGAUUGGUGGACCUUUGGUAUCUUUCUUUACGAGCUUCUCUAUGGUAGGACACCUUUCAAAGGUGCAGGGAAUGAAGACACGUUAGCUAAUGUUGUGCUGGAGAGCCUUAAGUUCCCAGACCGCCCCCUUGUUAGUUUCCAGGCCAGGGAUCUCAUCAGAGGGCUGCUGGUAAAGGAGCCUGAGAAUCGCCUAGGAACAGAGAAAGGGGCUGCCGAGAUCAAGCAACAUCCUUUCUUUGAAGGCUUGAAUUGGGCUUUAAUACGAUCUGCUGUUCCACCGGAACUACCGGAGUUGUAUGAAUUCGGGGUUCCAAGCAUGAUUACCCCGGAAGCAGAGAGCAAUUAUUUGGAAUGUAAAGCUACGAGAGACCACCUUGAGUUUGAGCUGUUUUGACAGAAAACGUGUAUUGUAAGAGAUGGGUUUCCAUAAGAUUACCCUUCUCCAUGGCGGGCCACGAGUGACGAACCUUGAGCCUCGCUUCCCCUCUUGUAAUCAAAGAUGUGUGGCUCAUGAUGUAUAUUUAAUUGAGAAUUGUGGGUAAAGUUGUCAUUAUAUUCAGACACCAUUAUCUUAUAUUUUAGCACUUCUUUAGCGUAA